AUGCACCGCCUUCGUAUCAAACAUCAGAUACCAAAAUUCACAACUGGAUACACUUUUGCCGAGUUAGCACUCACUCAGAUCAUUAUCCGGAAGCUGCCUUACCCCGUACAGAUGGCACUAGCGACUAGUCAUGUUAAGACCAUCAAAGAAUUGGAAAAUCAUCUCCAUGAAAUCCAAGCAGUACAUCGCGAAGAUUACAACUUCACUGUGCGACAAGAGCAUCCGCAUCAAGAUCACCAACCUCAACAAAAUACUUCUCCCUUUUCUAACGCACGUCGUCCCUUUAAUUCUGCAAACAACCAGGAUCGCAACACAAAUUUUCAACAGCGAUUAAAUAAGGAAAACCAACCAGAAAAUAGGAGGAAUUUCCAGAACCACAACCAGCAGUCUGACACAAACAGGAGAAACGCGUACUACCAUGACGGACGAGACCGUAUAAACCAACACCGUAACCAAUACUCCAACAACGCCGCGCAUAGCCGGAACAACAACUACAACCGGAUGGGAAAUGCGAGCGCAAAUCAGCAUCAAACGACGCCCAACGAAAAUCAGGAAGAAAAUCGGAUAUGGCUGAGAAAACACAAGGUCAUCAACGCCGCAGAAAAUCUGACUAUAUGGAAAUCACCCACCACAGUCGUCCAUCGCCUGUCUACACGCGGAGAGAAAUGA